UGCAGCUCUCUCUCCCAUGCAUGCUUUAUCCCCAACACCGUAACACGAAACGAGAAACAGGAAGCUCCCCUUCCAAAAUGUACUAAAACCGACUAGAAAAGCUUGUCGUGAGGGAAAAUGGUCCGGUCUGCAUGCAACAAUGAGACCUCGGCGCUGGUCUAAUUGGCCCUACGCCUGGAACCGGGUUUUGGAGCUUGCACCACCUUCGUCCCACGUCCCCCUCCUCGCCUUGUCGCCUUGUCGCCUUCGCCUCAACCUUCCCUUCGGACUACAGUCGGUCGACAGCAGAUGUUCCGCCCUUUCCAUAAGUCAAUGAUUGAUUGCUACCUACUGUAGGAGAAAAGGUCGGCUGAUUAUCAAGAUAUGCCUGUCCUCUCUUAUUUGCCUCGGGCAAAUUUGGGCUAGCGUUCCGCCUUUCGGCUCGUCGUAUCCGUUGCCACAAGACCAACCAGUACCGGCACCCUCAUCGGCUAGUCCCAGCGAUUAUCUGAUUUGAUUUUAUCAGAUUAAUCUGUGCUUGUGUUGCCCGUCUCCCCUCUCCACGCAUGUCAGACAAAAGUCUGUCUUCCUCUUUCUUCCUUCUUCGUUGCUCGGAAUUUGUGACCAACACAAACGACAUACGCCCUUCUCACAGGUGCCAAAAAUGACCGUCGACGUGUUUUCCGUACCAGUAUUCCUGGUUGUCUUCCGAGAGUCUCUGGAAACCGUCAUCAUUGUGUCGGUUUUGCUGGCUUUCCUCAAGCAGACUCUCGAUGGACCCAACAGAGAUGUAGCCGUGUACAAGGCCUUGCGCAGACAGGUAUGGCUCGGUACAGGUAUCGGUUUCUUGAUAUGCUUGAUUGCCGCAGCUGUCGUCAUCGCCGUCUUCUACAAGGUCGGUCGAAACAGUUGGGAGGCCCACGAGCUCUACUACGAAGGUGCCUUUUCUCUACUCGCCGCCGUCAUUAUCACCAUCAUGGGUGCUGCUCUACUUCGCAUUGGUAAAAUGCAGGAGAAGUGGCGCGUCAAGUUGGCAAAGGCAAUGGAGUCUCCCGUCAAGACUGGUGCGAGCCGGGGGUGGUUCAAGCGCUUCGCCGAAAAGUACGCCAUGUUCAUCCUGCCCUUCAUCACCGUGCUCCGUGAAGGCAUCGAGGCAAUUGUUUUCGUCGCUGGCGUCUCCUUCUCUGCGCCUGCGUCUGCUGUGCCGCUCCCCGCCGUCGUCGGGCUAAUUGUAGGCGCCUUUGUCGGCUACCUCCUUUACAAGGGAGGAUCCACGGCCAAGCUGCAAGUGUUCCUUGUCAUCUCCACGUGUCUCUUGUACCUCGUUGCCGCUGGCCUCUUUUCCAGGGCAGUAGGUGACUUUGAGCAGCAAGAAUGGAAUAAGGUUGUCGGCGGUGACGCUGCAGAGCUUGGAAAUGGACCGGGUUCAUAUGACAUUGACAAGAGCGUGUGGCACGUAAACUGCUGCAGCCCAGAACUCAACGGCGGCGGCGGAUGGGGUAUCUUCAAUGCCGUCCUCGGAUGGACAAACUCGGCAACGUACGGCUCCGUGAUCUCAUACAAUGUUUACUGGAUCUUCGUCAUCGGCUGCUUCCUGCUCAUGAGAUUCCAUGAGACCAAGGGACACUGGCCUUUUAUGAAGGCAAAGGUUCCACGGGAAGCCGACAGGCGUCUUUCCGAUGACCGUAGCGGAAGCGAGCAGGCGAGCACAUCUGAGAAGGAUAAGGGGGCAGCGACCACGAAGACAGUGACCGCCUCGUCGUGAUUGGUAGGCAUUUGAGUGCCGUUGUUGAACCCUCGAAGCUAUGGACGAUCAUGACUGAAAAGGAUACCUAUGCUUGUGGACAAUGUAAUAUGAAAGCUGUCUGUAUGAUAACGAGGUCACAAGGGUGGCCAGCUUUACAGGAUAAAUUGGGCCUAAAGAUUGGUUUGUCAAUCUAGCCAAAGCAUUUACG